AUGCGGCUGCGCGGGUGGGGCGGGCGGGCCCCUACAGGCUCGAUCGUGCUGUCCCAUCCCGGCUUUCGCGUGGGUACCAGUGGGAUCCUUGCCUUCGUUGGGCCGGAAGAUGCCGACGCCUCCGAGCAGGACGAUUGCAGCUUGGGCGUUCGCGUGGGUAGCAGUGGGCUCCUUGCCUUGCUUGGACCGGAUGAUGCCGACGCAUCUGAGCAGGACGUCGCUGCGAUUGUCGCGGCACCGGCUACCCCCGUAGAUAAAUCCGGGCAUGUCACCCAGGCCGGGACUGCUACACCCGCCGUCGUCGAUACUACUCCCCCCGCUGAACAAGCAGAGCCGUGCGUGGAGGCGGAGCCUGACGAAGCCGCCGUUCAGAAAGAACUUGAGGACAUGAUCUGCGUCCCCUUGCAGUCCCCCCUCAUUCGCAGCAGGCCACGCCUUCGUCGUUCCCGCACACCAAUCUCCGUUGGCUCCCUGCGCCGCAGCGGCCGGCUUGCGGCAAAGCCGCGGGCGGCGAACGCCACCAGGCAAGCACAGAUUGUGCUACUUAAGAAGAUCGGGGUGCAUGUGGAUACCAGCACACCAGACCUGGAGAUCGAGCGGAAGUUCAAGGCCACGUUCCGUGGGGACAACAUGUCGGCCAGCAAGCAGCAGGCACUGCAGAUCCUUUUUAACAGCGACUUCGACCCAAUGGCCAUGGGCCUUGACAUGGCUGAGUUGGACGUUGUUGAGACGUAG